UCUUUUCUUGCUGCCUGUACUGCUUCCUUUUCUUCAAGGCCCCGUUCGGGUUUCUGUUGCGGCCGAACCACCGUUUCUCUCACCUCAACUCCCACCUCUGUCCCCAACAUCAAUGGCGGCAUUUUCUCCAGACGUUCAGGCGGGGAAUGAAUGGAACCGAACAGAUUCAGACGUGAAAGUGGUAGUUGCCAUCGUCGUGGCCGGCACUGCACUUGGUGCGGUCAUUUUGUCUCUGUCAUGCUACUGGCUUUAUUACAGGAAGUGUCCUUCCAAAUUAAGCAGUGAAAAUGUCCAAAGCUCAGAUGCGGAGAAAGGGCCGGCAACAGCUCCAUCUUUGAGAAAAUUUGUUUCCUUCAAGAUGGAUGGUAAGAAGGGGUCCGUUCCAAUAAUUGAUCAUAAGACCAUAGAAAAAGCGACGAACAAUUUUCUGGAAAGUAACAUCUUGGGAGAGGGCGGAUUUGGAUGCGUUUACAAAGCUCGAUUAGAUGAUAACUUGGACGUUGCCGUCAAGAAAUUGCACUGUGAAAGCCAGGACGCUGAGAGAGAAUUUCAGAACGAGGUGGACUUGUUGAGUAAAAUUCAGCAUCCAAAUGUAAUCUCUUUCCUGGGCUGUAGCAGUAAUGGCGACACGAGGUUUAUUGUCUAUGAAUUGAUGCGAAAGGGAUCGCUGGAGACUCAAUUACAUGGACCCUCUCACGGCUCGGCGUUGACUUGGCACAUGAGGAUAAAGAUUGCUCUUGACACAGCAAGAGGAUUAGAAUACCUGCAUGAAAUCUGUAACCCUCCGGUGAUCCAUAGAGAUCUGAAAUCAUCUAAUAUUCUUUUAGACACAAAUUUCAAUGCCAAGAUUUCCGAUUUCGGUCUUGCCAUAGCUGAUAGGUCCCAAGACAAGAAUGACAUUAAACUCUCAGGCACAUUGGGAUAUGUAGCCCCGGAGUAUAUAUUAGAUGGUAAAUUAACUGAUAAAAGCGAUGUGUAUGCAUUCGGGGUGGUGCUUCUAGAGCUUCUAUUAGGGAGGAAGCCCGUGGAAAAGCUAGCACCAACACAAUGCCGGUCAAUUGUGACAUGGGCGAUGCCACAGCUCACCGACAGAUCCAAGCUUCCGAACAUCGUGGAUCCCAAGAUCAAGGACACAAUGGAUCCCAAGCAUUUAUAUCAGGUUGCCGCCGUGGCUGUGCUGUGCGUGCAAACGGAACCGAGUUACCGUCCGCUGAUUACAGAUGUUCUCCACUCGCUCAUCCCUCUUGUUCCUGUUCAGCUCGGAGGAACACUGAGGGUUCCACAAGCGUCACAGCCUCCCCCUUCAACGUAAUAAUAAGCGCUAUCAAUUUCAUUCACCGCAUAACUUGUAAUGCUGACCAAUCAUUCGGGUUUGUUGACAAAUGAUCAUACAUCUUUGGCAACUCCACUGCCAAAGAGCAUGGAAUUGCUAAUAGUGAUGAUGCGGCAUGUAAAGUAGCUUCGGCGAUGAACAGCAUGUAAAGAUGACAUUUUGAUCAUUGCAGAACGUCGGUUGAGCCAUUGGGGAAAUCUAAUUUUGUCAAGUUACGAUCUGCUUCAAAGAAUUCUCACAUUUUUUCGUGUUAAGGCGCAAAGGUGAUUGCAACUCUCCUUUUCUGCUAAAAACACGGCAUCCAUUGACGAUGUCUCCAUGCCUCCUGGCACCAAGGAUCUGUGGGUGUGUCUCGGCUCUCAAAUGAGUUGCCCUCAUCCACAAGAUCCUGAUGCCCUAGGAAUUCCUAAAACGUGUGAUUUCACGAAUAUUCCCUGGCUAUUACUUCUUUCUUCCCUUUUAUUUCUUGUUUUCCUUGACAAUUACUUUUGGGACAAUGUGACAACCGGUACGGUUUUAUGUAUAAGAUUUUAGGUCAUGUUUGGAACA